AUGAGCAGCCAACGUAGCGAGCGCAACCGAUCACCGGCAACAUCUUGGUAUGAGCCGCGGAUGCUCUACCUCACAGCCUAUAACACACUUUUCGCAUCCCUGUGGGUAUCGGUUUUCAUCCGAGCAGUUCACCAGGCUCGCCAUGGCAAGAUCGCUCUCUUCGCUACAACUGAACCUCAGGCGCGAUGGAUCCAGACAGCGUCCUUGAUCGAGGUGCUGCAUGCUGCCUUCGGUAUUAUCAAGUCUCCAGUCAGCACAACGGCGCUACAAGUGGUCACGCGCGUCAUCCAGGUGUGGAUGGUGUGGUACAGCUUUCCCCAAACCACGGCGACUUCGCACGCUUACCUUGCGCUCCUGCUUGCUUGGUCGGUAGCUGAUACCAUUCGGUAUCUCUAUCUUGCGUUCAACAUGCACGGAAAAGCUCCAAGGGGGCUGUCCGAUGAUUCCGCCAUCUUCUAUUUUUGCUUGAUGCUCUAUGUCCCCGGCUCCUACGUCAUGUAUACAUACAUGAUUAAGCAAAGAAGGAAGACGCUCGGAGCUAUGCACAAGGCACAAUGA